GGUUUCGAGACCCGAGGCGCGGCGGGUUAGGGGGGCGGGGAGAGUGCGGGACUCCGGCGAACCCUCCCCCACGAGCGCACGCCCCUGCCCUCACUGGAAAGGGGGCUCUCAGCCCACGAUGCCAUCUUCCCCCAUCCUGGGCAUCUUUUCACCGUUCUUCUCAGCAAGGUCCUGAGGGCAAGUAUUGUAGCUUCUAGGGCCAGCUACCCGCCCCCCCUCGCAACCCCCCAGCCCUCCGAAGCUCUUGCCCCACCCCCUUCCGUGAGGGGGACCCCGGGGCGGGGAGGCUCUCCUUGGGGAAUCUGCCGACCGGUCCCACUGCACGCCCCAGGCCCCGGGUGGCUGUAAACACCCCACCCUGAAGGGUUCGGAGGGGAAAAAGCUCCUCCCAGGCCCCACGGCGCUGAACACAGGGUCCUCACGCCCGUCUCUUUCCCGGUUCCCACCCGCGCCAGGUGACGCGCAGAGCGGAGACCAUGGUUCAGCAGGUGCUCUACCGGGCGCUGGUCUCCACCAGGUGGCUGGCGGAGUCCGUCCGGGCUGGAAAGCUGGGGCCUAGCCUGAGGGUGCUGGACGGGUCCUGGUACUCGCCUGGCACCCGGGAUGCCCGCAAGGAGUACCUGGAAUGCCAUGUGCCCGGUGCCUCCUUCUUUGAUAUAGAGGAGUGCAAGGACAAGUCGUCACCCUACGAGAUGAUGCUGCCCAGCGAGGCGGGCUUCGCCGACUACGUGGGCCACCUGGGCAUCAGCAAUGACACACACGUGGUGGUCUACGAUGGUGACCACCUGGGCAGCUUCUAUGCGCCUCGGGUUUGGUGGAUGUUCCGUGUGUUUGGCCACCGCACAGUGUCGGUGCUCAAUGGUGGCUUCCGGAACUGGCUGAAGGAGGGCCACCCGGUGACCUCUGAGCCCUCCCGCCCAGAGCCCGCAGUCUUCAGAGCCACACUGGACCGCUCCCUGCUCAAGACCUACGAGCAGGUGCUGGAGAACCUUGAAUCUAAGAGGUUCCAGCUGGUGGAUUCACGGGCCCAAGGGCGGUACCUGGGCACCGAGCCAGAGCCAGAUGCCGUAGGACUGGAUUCGGGCCACAUCCGAGGUUCGGUCAACAUGCCGUUCAUGGACUUCCUGACGGAGGAUGGCUUCGAGAAGAGCCCAGAGAUGCUCCGAGCCAUGUUCGAGGCCAAGCAGGUGGACCUCGCCAAGCCCCUCAUCGCCACCUGCCGCAAGGGUGUCACCGCCUGUCACAUCGCCCUGGCCGCCUACCUCUGUGGCAAGCCUGACGUGGCCAUCUAUGACGGCUCCUGGUUCGAGUGGUUCCACCGGGCCCCGCCAGAGACCCGCGUGUCCCAGGCGAAGGACGGGAAGGCCUGAGCAGGGAGCUUGUCCGCUCGCCCAGAGCUCAGCCGGUUGGUGACUGGCAUGACCUGCAGCUGGUUCAUAGCUCCCGCCUAGGAGAUCUUAGAGUCG